CUCAAACAGGGGGCUACAAUCCUUGGCAUGAUCCUAGCAUCAGAUCGGAUGCACCUCACAAACUUUACCGGUGACAAGAAGAUGCACGCCAUCUAUAUAUCACUAGGAAAUAUCUCCAAAGAUGUUAGGAAAAAGCGAAAUGCCCAUGCAUGGUUACUCCUUGCCAAAAUACCGAUUUCUAAGUUUUCCAAAACUCACUUUACUGGAAGCAAGACAGAGCGAGAAUCCAUGCCUGGGAUUCUUUCCCACCAUCUGUUUCACCAGUGCAUGAAACUGGUACUUGCACCGAUGUAUGAAAUCGUGCCAUCGCCUGAUGGGAGACUUCGAGUGUGUUUGGCCAUCUUGAUGGCAUGGAUUGCUGACUUGGAGGAGCAGCUGCUUAUUGCUGGGGUACAGAAUUUCAGUUGCCCAGUAUGU